GUGCUUUUUGUCUCUUGACGCUCACCCAGGUCUCUACAUGUUCAGCAAACGCGUAAAAUCAAAACCUUCGCAGCGGUUGAGACAAACCUCCCCCGAAGAUGACGAUACCACUGAUGGUGCUACAGUAACAGGAGAUGAUUCUCCCAGUACAUUGGUAACAAAAAUCAAGAAGAAGUCCAAACCGAAAUCCCGACUCAGUUUUGGCGGCUCAGACCAUGAGGAGGGUGGUGAAGAAGUUUUUCAGGUGAAAAAGUCCAAGCUCAGCAAGAAACUGACACUUGCAAAACAUUCAGCAGACAUACUCCCCAACCUUGACCAAGCCACCAUCUCACCGAACCGCGGACCAAAGUACGACCAAGCCUAUCUCAAUGAGCUCAAAGCCAGCAAUCGCCGAGCACCAGCCCCGGACCCAUACGAUGCAGACAUGUCGAUGGAUAUAUCCAUGGAUGCCGGCGACCUCUCCAUACAAAGCAUAGGCGAUGUCGACGCACUUAUGGAAACCAGUAUACCAUCCGAGUCAUCUAUAAAGGUAGCCAAGGAACGUCGGGAGCGGUUCAGAGCUACCGAUACAUCUGGGAAAGAAGAUUUUAUUUCUCUAUCCUUGACGCAGCGGACUGAAGACCAGGGACCACACCCUGAAAGUCGACUGAUGAGGGAGGAUGAUGAUCUUGGGGAAGGAGAUGACGAAUUCGCGGAAUACACAAGUGCACAAGAAAGGAUUGCUCUUGGCAAGAAAUCGCGGAAAGUGGAGGCUAGCAAACGUCGGGAUGCUAUGAAAGAAAUGAUCGCUAAUGCUGAGGAAGAAGACGAAGAAACGAUGGAAUGGGAACAAGAGCAACUUCGUCGUGGAGGAACAAUGCCAUCAGAACCUUCCCCGUCGUCCUCAAAAGUUAGACAAACAUAUAAAGCGGCUUCAAUUCCGCCUAUGACUGCUGUACCAACGCUUGGUCCUGCUUUGACUCGUCUGACGCAGCAACUAGCUCAGCUGACAACGUCUCAUGCCACAAAUACUGCAGCUUUAAAUUCUCUCGCGCAAGAGAGGGGGGAACUUGACGAUAGAGAGAUAGAGAUGCGUGGCAUGGUGGGGAGAGCUGAAGAGAAGAGGGCUUGGUUUAGCUCUUUCAAGGAAUGGAUAGAAGGCGUUGCCGGCUUUCUUGACGAAAAAUAUCCGCUGCUGGAGAAAUUGGAAGAGGAACAUGUAUCACUACUACAAGAAAGGAGUGAGAUGAUCAAGAAGCGCAGGACACAGGACGACGAAGAUGACCUUUCAAACUUCUUGGGGAAUCUUCCUCUGCCCGCCGAAGCGGAGGAGACAGAUGAUCUUGGCAGAGCUGUACCAAAUCCAAAUUCAGCUGCACAGAAGGCGCUUCGACGUGCCGCACGCAUUGCCAGGAGACAACAGCGCCAGAAUGAUGAAGAAGCCGAAGAAGGGUAUUCAACGGACUCAGAGCUUUCGCCCUCAGAUGAACAAGCGUAUUCCACUGCCGUAGAGUUUCUGGCCACGAAGACAAAGGAGGUUCUAUCUGAUGUUCGGGCCCCAGAGUUCCGCGAUCCUGGCAAAGGCAGGUGGAGUGCGUGGCGAGAACAAUAUACAGAUAGUUAUGUCAACGCAUAUGGUGGGCUUGGGGUUGUCAGCGUGUGGGAAUUUUGGGCGAGGUUGGAGUGUGUAGGGUGGAAUUGCGUAGAGGAGCCCCGAAGCUUGGAUGCUUUCACUUGGUAUAAGGGCUUGUACGAAUAUUCACGUCCAAAUAAUAAUGAAGGCGGCGAACCAGAACUGGGACCAGACGGUGACCUGGUGGCAUCGAUGAUUACAACAGCUAUUUUACCUAGAAUGUGCAAGCUCUUGGAAGGUGGUGCCUUGGACGUCUAUUCAGCCGGAGACAUCAGGCGAAUGGUCAAUAUAACCGAAGAGGUUGAGGCUAGCAUCGGACCAGGGAAUACUAAGGUUCACAUGCUCUUCAAAACGAUGUUGACUCUGUUUGAUAACGCCAUCACUGAGACUGAGGCUCUUGUUUCGAAAUAUAGGUCCUUGGAUCAGACCGCGAUGCCCUUCAACCCAGAUUCGAUACCGGCUCGAAGAAGGUUCCUUGUGAGACGAAUUAAACUUCUACAGAAUCUCUCGCGGUGGAGAAAGUUUACUGGUGAACGAUAUGGGAUUGGACAGUCUAUUACAAGGCUCGUUGAUCGCACGCUGCUACCUGUUGCAGAAGGAGGUUGGGAUGUCGGUGGAGAAGAACUCAUGCGCAAGGUGUCCAAACUGUUGCCGGAUGAACUUUCGGGAAACAUUAAGAAUCGCUUGAGAUAAGUGUUCAAGUGUAUUUUGUAUAUUCAUAUUUGUAAAAUGGUCAAGCUGGGUUUAACUACGAAGUUCGAUGGCUGGUAGAUUCGAGGAUAUUCUUAUUCCGCGAGAUGACGAUGCCAUGGCUCAUGGUCAUUCUACAUUGUCAUCUCCAGAAUACCUCGAUACAUU